AUGAGAGAAAUUGUUCAUUUACAAACUGGCCAAUGUGGUAAUCAGAUUGGUGCCAAGUUCUGGGAAGUCAUCUCAGACGAACACGGUAUUGACCCCACUGGUACCUACCAUGGAGAUUCGGACCUUCAAUUGGAACGUAUUAACGUCUACUACAACGAAGCCACUGGUGGCAAAUACGUCCCACGUGCCGUCCUCGUUGAUUUGGAACCCGGUACCAUGGACUCUGUCCGUGCCGGUCCUUUCGGUCAACUCUUCCGUCCAGACAACUUUGUCUUUGGCCAAUCUGGUGCUGGUAACAAUUGGGCUAAAGGUCACUACACCGAAGGUGCUGAAUUGGUCGACUCGGUCUUGGAUGUCGUGAGAAAGGAAGCAGAAUCUUGUGAUUGUCUACAAGGUUUCCAGAUUACUCACUCUCUUGGAGGUGGUACUGGUGCUGGUAUGGGUACCCUCUUGAUCUCCAAAAUCCGUGAAGAAUACCCAGACAGAAUGAUGUGUACCUUCUCUGUCGUCCCAUCGCCCAAGGUGUCUGAUACCGUAGUAGAACCAUACAAUGCCACUCUAUCCGUACAUCAAUUG